GCCGCUGCCGCCGCCGCUGCCGCCGCAGCCGCAGCUCUGCAAAGAGGGGCCCGGGGCCGGGCCGGGGCGCCCUCCCUCCCACCUUCUCCCGCCGCUAUGAGCCAGGGAAGUCCGGGGGACUGGGCCCCCCUCGACCCCACCCCCGGACCCCCAGCGCCCCCCAACCCCUUCGUGCAUGAGUUACAUCUCUCCCGCCUCCAGAGGGUUAAGUUCUGCCUCCUAGGGGCACUGCUGGCCCCCAUCCGAGUGCUUCUGGCCUUUAUCGUCCUCUUUCUCCUCUGGCCCUUUGCCUGGCUGCAAGUAGCUGGUCUUACUGAGGAGCAGCUUCAGGAGCCGAUUACAGGAUGGAGAAAGACUGUGUGCCACAAUGGGGUGCUGGGCCUCAGCCGCCUGCUCUUUUUCCUGCUGGGUUUCCUCCGGAUUCGAGUUCGGGGCCAGCGGGCCUCUCGCCUUCAAGCUCCCGUCCUGGUUGCUGCCCCUCACUCUACUUUCUUUGACCCCAUUGUUCUGCUGCCCUGUGACCUGCCCAAGGUUGUGUCUCGAGCUGAGAAUCUUUCUGUUCCUGUCAUUGGAGCCCUUCUUCGCUUCAACCAAGCCAUCCUAGUAUCCAGGCAUGACCCGGCUUCUCGGCGCAGAGUGGUAGAGGAGGUCCGAAGGCGGGCCACCUCAGGAGGCAAGUGGCCCCAGGUACUAUUCUUUCCCGAGGGCACCUGCUCCAACAAGAAGGCUUUGCUUAAAUUCAAACCAGGAGCCUUCAUCGCAGGGGUGCCUGUGCAGCCUGUCCUCAUCCGCUACCCCAACAGUCUGGACACCACCAGCUGGGCGUGGAGGGGCCCUGGCGUACUCAAAGUCCUCUGGCUCACAGCCUCUCAGCCCUGCAGUAUUGUGGAUGUGGAGUUCCUCCCUGUGUACCACCCCAGCCUGGAGGAGAGCAGGGACCCCACCCUCUAUGCCAACAACGUCCAGAGGGUUAUGGCACAGGCCCUGGGCAUUCCAGCCACCGAGUGUGAGUUUGUAGGGAGCUUGCCUGUGAUUGUGGUGGGCCGGCUGAAGGUGGCAUUGGAACCACAGCUCUGGGAACUGGGGAAGGUUCUUCGGAAGGCUGGGCUGUCCCCUGGCUGUGUGGACACUGGGGCAGAGCCAGGCCGGAGUCAAAUGAUCAGCCAGGAAGAGUUUGCCAAGCAGCUCCAGCUCUCUGACUCCCAGAUGGUGGCUAGUGCCUUCAGCUACUUCCAGCAGGAUGCCAGUGGUUUGGUGGACUUCCGAGACGUGGCCCUUGCGUUGGCAGCUCUGGAUGGGGGCAGGAGCCUGGAGGAGCUGACUUGCCUGGCGUUUGAGCUGUUUGCCCAGGAGGAAGAGGAGCAGGCCGAGGGGCCCAGCCGCCUGCUGUACAAAGAUGGCUUCAGCACCAUCCUGCACCUGCUGCUGGGCUCGCCCCGCCCUGCCGCCAGGACUUUGCAUGCCGAGCUGUGCCAGGCAGGAGCCCGCCAGGGCCUCUCCCUCUGUGAGUUCCAGGACUUCUCCCUGCACCACCCGCUCCACGGGAAGCUCUUCAGCACCUACCUGCGCCCCUCCCAGACACCAAACGCCUCCUCCCCAGGCAGCGCCCCCGCUCUGGCCAACGGGACUGUGCAGGCCCCCAAGCAGAAGGGCGACUGAGCGCUUCGACCUCCCCAGCUUGCACCCACGCACAGACUCAGGGCAGCGCCAGGGGCUAACCCUGGGCCUCCCUCAAGCCCAUCUCUGUCCUGCUUGACUUUUUGUUAUUGUUGUUGGUUUUUUUAAGUUGGUUUUCAUUUUUCGUUUGUUUGGUUUUAUUUUGUAAGAAACUAUUUUAUAUAUAAAUAUAUAUCUAUAUCUAUUUAAAAAAAA